CCUCUAUAAGCGCAAAACAAUGAGCGAUCACGGCAAAACGACUGCACUGCCUUGCAGUAGACACACCGCGCACAUCAAUCCUACCCUGAUGCCGUUCGUGGCACGGUCGCGCGUUUACACAAUGCAAACGGAUUCCUUAAUGGCGAACGCGUUCGAAAACUAUGCGCCCUUGCUUGUGUCGCAGGUGGUGUGCACGAUGGGCUGCGGGGUGAGCAAAGUGCACGCCGCCGCCGAUCCUUCGUCGCAGCAGCCCAAGCGAGGUUUCGCGGCCCAGGUACGCUGGUCACAGGACGCCUCCAAGCGAUCCACUCCGACGGCACUCACCGAGCGACUGGUAGACGCCCAGGUACAGGUGGAGAACAAGUACGAGCAGCGUGACCGCGUCACUCAGACUGACAUCCACUUCAACAUGACCCGUGGCAACUACAACGAAGACGACCUCGACUUCGACGAGGACGGCCUGUCGUCGUUCGGCGACGACUACACCGACGAAGGCGUCGUCGAGAACGGGGCUUCACCCGGAGGCUCGCGCGAGGGCAUCCGUUUCGCCGACCCGAGGCUGGUGGCUCCCGCGGACGGCGACUUGACGAACCGCAGCAGCACACCGGUUGCCUUGAACACACCGGCGUCCAAGCAGCAGAUGCUCAUGAUGGACGCCGAGCAGAGGAUACUGAUGCUCAGCAAGCGCAUCCACCUGGACAUCGACAUGACGCCCCGAAGUGUGGCCACUACCGACGUCGGAGUGCAGGCGGGAAGCGGCCGCAACAACAGGUGGACGCAGACUGAGCGUUGUUCAGCGGCGGCGCGAGGGGGCGCCCUGCAGCAUCCGCCGAUGGGGCUACCUCCCGAUGCAAGCGGGGCUGCGCGACUCUCGCGCACCACGGACAUCGAGUCGCAGACCGAUCCAGUGAGCAGGGCGCCCGCAGCUAACGCUGCUGGAGGAGGACAGAACGAGUCUCUGUCGGACGAGGAGCUGUCGUCGCCGUUGACGCACAUCGAGAAGAUGAUCGGGGCCACGGAGAGCGGAGGCCUGAGCGACGCCGUCGCUCAGAUCCUCGAGGACAUGGACGCCGAGCCUCGGCCCACGACGCGGCCGCGCACACGCAGGACGGCGACGGGCGUCACGGUUCGGGCCGUGAGCAGGCGGGACACCGGCGUGCAGACCGUCAACGACCCGGUGACCGACGAGGCGCCCGAGUACGCCGCACGACCGCCGCCCUGCAAAAAGCGCGAGAUGAUCCCUUCCAUGGCCGUCUUCCAGGAGGUCGACAGGAUCGCCCUGAAGGUUCCUAACACUGCCAAAUCCACCCUGCAAACCCUGGUCUAUCACCUGAUUUCUUACUGCAGAAACGAUCUGCAGAAGAUUCGCAUGUUUUUCCGCUGGAUUGCAGAAAACAUAACGUACGACUGGAGGCACAUGGAAACCAAGCAAACUCCCGAAGAGGUGUUCGUAUCAAGGCAAGGUGUGUGCAAGGACUACUGCCUUCUGCUGAGCGAAAUGUGCAGGCUAGCAGGCAUCAGAGAAAAGACUUUACAAGGCUUCGCCAAGGGUUUCGACUACCGUCCAGGACACCAGUUUCAUCCGGGCCAGGACGUAACACAUGCAUGGAACGCGGUCUUCAUCCUAGGAGCAUGGAGGCUUAUCGACGCCACUUGGGGAACAGGAUACACAGAUCACACGGGGAAGUUUAUAAGGAAAAUCAACGAACACUUCUUCGUCACCGACCCUGAGGUGCUCAUAUGGACGCACUUUCCUUACGACGAGAUGGAGAAGAAUUACUCAAGGUGGCAGCUACUGGACAAGCCCCUGACUCUCGAAGAGUUCAACUCGCUUCCAAAGGUGACGCCGCACUUCUUCCAGCUCAACAUGCGCUUGCGAACGCGGCCGCAGAACCCCAUCACGUUCAAAGUGCGCACCGAGCUGCGGAUCGCCUCGCACGAGCCGAUGCGCUACAAGUUCAAGCUCUACCCGUCUGACGAGACGGAGAACGCGGCGCUCAACAACUACGUAUUCUGCCACCUACUCGAAGACCGGUGCGUGGCCUGCUUCGGCGUCACACCGCCCACGGAAGGACAGUACAUCCUCAAGAUCUACGCCAACCGUGAGCGUGAAAUGCGGGCAGCCGCCGAUGGCGGCACGGCUCCCGCAAGCGCCAGCCUGCAGAACAUUGGCGUCUUCCUGCUAGAAUGCCUCCGUGCCAAGAAAUACCUGGUGCCGUACCCACUCAACGAGGUCCCGUGGGGCCCCACACAAACCUUCUACGACUACAACAUGCGGCUCGUCGAUCAGUCGGGGCCCGUCAUUGUGUCGUGGGGUGCCAAGCGAAAGCUCACCAUCGACCUAUCCGAAGCGAUGCUCGUCAGCCAUCAGCUGCUCGAUGCCGAUGGUGUCGAGAUGGAGCUCAAGGGCAUGAUCACCCGCGAGGACAAGGACCGUCGCGUCACGUUCCAGAUAGUGCCGCAGCGUGUGGGCAUGUUCAAGCUCGUCAUCUUCGCCAUGCCCAAGCCGAAGUUCAAGGGCAAGUGGCGGCUUCCCCUUGUGGCAACUUUCCUCAUCGACUGCAAGCUUACCAGGUUACAGUUGGACGAAGAGCUGCGGCUGGCGCACCACAGGCCACCGCUCCCGGAAGAAGACAAAGAAAAGGAGAAUGAGAAAGAGAAAGGCAAGAGGGUACGAAUAUCGACAGUGCGAUAAGAGACUUGCCACGACGAUUCGAUUACUUACUUCCAGGAUUGAUCUGUCGGCGCGAAUUCACUGUGCAAGCAUCCCUGGGAUGUGAAGACUUGGUACAACCUCUCAGGAAAGAAGGGCGACGUGAUGAGGUCGGCAUCCAUUUUCCAAGCGUGCUCCCCCAGGCGCAGACAGUCUGACCACUGGCCAACCAUGGGACAUCAGUUGUUCUCUUCUUGCCAAGAAAUGGCCGACUGAAGCCUGUCAUCUUCACAGUGCUGUGCCUUGGUCUCCCGCUCCACUCCUACAAUAAGAUGAAGUCUCUCCAUUGCCACGGCGGCGUGCAUUUCGCCACUCUCCACUGGUUUGCUAACGGAACGAUGCUUUUCAGGUAGUAUUACAACGAGUGACUGCUACUAUACACAAAAUAUCCGUAGCGUUCGUGGUUCUUCCGUGCACUAAGUGGAAUGCAUGAAACACAUUACUAGUUGCGAUUCUUCCAAGCCUCGGUGACGGAUGUCUGUACCAGAGACAAACGUUUUAUAGGCUGUUUUCUGGUAGAGAGCUCGGGUUCCUUUCCUUGAGGGGAGGCCAUGUCUGCAUGUCUUUGCUUGUCCCUUCAGAGUGCCGUUCGAGAAUCGAUGGGCUCAUGUCUGAAUUCCCUGGACUACCUCGUAUCGAAGGUUGGUUCUUAGGCCAUAUCCUCCUUACUAUUAUAACUCAGCGGCAGACAGUCGCUGGUAUCGUCUCUCUUUGCUGGAAGUCGAAGUUUCUAGUCUUCGCACAAGCAAUAUAUCUUAGUUCCAUGUGAAAAGAGCUCAUGUUUAAUGCUAUUGUCAUAUUAAGGUAUAUCCCUCAAACGUUGCUAUAACGUGUGGUCCUUCGGUAAUUACGAUGUCACUGUCACUUGAGAUUGAUUGUAAGCGGCACACCAAUGACGCUGACGACCAGUGACUCCUAUUAGUCAAGGCGGUGAUGCGGACUAGUUGGUUUGAGUCACAUCUAAUCAUAUUCGUAGCGAAAAAACCAGACGCUCACACAGUAAGGAACACAUACACAAGAUACACAGGACGUCCUGUGUAUGUGUUAGCGCCCGUCCUGUGUAUGUGUUCCUUACUGUUUCUGCGUCUGGUUAUUGCGCUACAAAUAUGAUUACAAGUGACUCCUAUUACUGCUGCGGAUAUAUCAUCUAGCAAUAAAGCGUAAGACUAACUUUCAAAACUUAGUUUAUUAUGCAACAUUAAAUACACAGAAAAGUUCAUACUGUCAUAGCUAUGUGCAUGCUGCUAUUCUCAGUCUGGAAAUAGCUUGAAUGGUUCGUAAUAGGCCUGGACUUACUUAGCCGGUGUCCGCAGGACGUUUCGGCAGUGCAACGCUGUAAAUAUGAUGCUCUAAUUGCUGAAACACAACCAUGUUCAUUCGGUUCUGGCCCUAGAGGAGUGACUGGAUGACUCCAGAAAGGCCAUGUUUUCUGUAACGUACCCAUGUUUAAAUGCGUUCUGCGCAUAUGGCCGGCAACUAUAGAGUCAAAGUGCCUUCUGGUAGCUUGGUCAUCAUCGUAUCUUGACGCUAAGAUGUGCAUAUUGCACAAAACUUAAAACGACCUUAAACGGUAAGCAACACUAAGCACUUCAUUGUGACACAGAGAACCAGCAAUUUUUACAUUGCUUUUGCACUAUUGUAAAUAAUUCACUUGAAAAUAAACUGUUCUUGUUGA